AUGACUGAACAGAUGACCCUUCGUGGCACCCUCAAGGGCCACAACGGCUGGGGUACUACCACACGCAGAUUUGUAGGGCAUACAAAGGAUGUGCUGAGUGUGGCCUUCUCUUCUGACAACCGGCAAAUUGUCUCAGGAUCCAGAGAUAAAACCAUCAAGCUAUGGAAUACUCUGGGUGUCUGCAAGUACACUGUCCAGGAUGAGAGUCACUCCGAGUGGGUGUCUUGUGUCCGCUUCUCACCCAACAGCAGCAACCCCAUCAUCGUCUCCUGUGGCUGGGACAAGUUGGUCAAGGUGUGGAACCUGGCUAACUGCAAGCUGAAAACCAACCACAUUGGCCACACAGGCUACCUGAACACUGUGACUGUCUCUCCAGAUGGAUCCCUCUGUGCUUCUGGAGGNNAGGAUGGCCAGGCUAUGCUGUGGGACCUCAAUGAAGGCAAGCAUCUCUACACUUUAGAUGGUGGUGACAUCAUCAAUGCCCUGUGCUUCAGUCCUAACCGCUACUGGCUCUGUGCUGCCACAGGUCCCAGUAUCAAGAUUUGGGACUUGGAGGGCAAGAUCAUUGUAGAUGAACUGAAGCAAGAAGUUAUCAGCAACAGCAGCAAAGCUGAACCACCCCAGUGCACCUCUCUGGCCUGGUCUGCUGAUGGCCAGACUCUGUUUGCUGGCUACACAGACAAUCUGGUGCGAGUGUGGCAAGUGACCAUUGGCACUCGGUAG